AUGUUGCUCAGAGUAUUUAUAAAACGGAUUAUAAAUUUUUUUUCAACUUACCCACGUUGCAAACACGUGCCGUCGAAUCUGUACGCGGACAUCGACGCUGCGUGGCACGCACUCAGAACGAGCUACGGGAUAAGCCCGGAAAACAUAAUACUGUACGGACAGAGCAUAGGAACAGUGCCCACGAUAGAUCUUGCCAGCAGAUACGAAGUGGGUGCAGUGAUAUUGCAUUCGCCACUAAUGUCUGGAAUGAGAGUAGCUUUUCCAAACACCAAAAGAACUUGGUUUUUUGAUGCCUUUCCCAGUAUUGACAAAGUGCCUAAAGUUACCUCACCGGUGCUGGUUAUACACGGAAUGGAGGACGAAGUGGUUGAUUAUUCGCACGGAGUGGCUAUAUACGAAAAAUGUCCUCGUGCGGUGGAACCCUUGUGGGUUGUGGGUGCGGGACACAACGACGUCGAGCUGUACCAUCAAUACUUGGACAGACUAAAACAGUUCGUCACGGUCGAACUAGUCAACUGA